CAAAACGACGACGGUUCGCACAAAUGCUACUUCAACUCCAACAACCCACCCUCUUCUUUACCAAGUUCCCCAAACCCCAAAUCUGCUCCUUCACCACCAUGGCCACCAUGCCAAACUCAAGCGGCGAAGCUGACUCAACCACAAAUCCCAAUUCCCAAAACGACCUUCAAAACCUACAGAAUUACCCAGUGCCACUCUCUCCUCGACCUCCUCUUAUCUCCAAGGACAUAGAGCUCAGCAGAGCAAUGUCUGCCAAGUCCAACUCCUUCUUUGCGUUGCCAAGACCUGAUGUGAUAUACCAGGACCAGUGGUUCGUUGUUGUGAACAAGCCUCAGGGUUGGUACUGUGAACGAGUCUUCGAAUCGGUGCCUAUGGCUCUGUGUGAGUGUGACUCGGCCGAGUCAGGGAGCCCUCCAGAGCUUCAUCUAGCUAAUAGACUUGAUCGCGACACCAGUGGUGUUAUGCUAAUAACAAAGUCCCACAAAGUAGCCUCUAAGAUGGUUAAGGAAUUCACUGAUCACAAGGUUACCAAAACAUACAUUGCCCUCUGCGUUGGUCCAGCUCCAAAAUGGGAAAAAAUAACCAUUAAAUCAGGUCAUGGACGGUCAAAAUUUGGGGCUUAUCGUGUGUAUGCUGCAUCAGAUGUGGGCCGGGUACUACCAGGUGGGUCAAUGGUCAAAGACAUGGAAACAUCAUUUGAAGUAUUAUCAAUAAAUGGACAAGGGUCCUUCAAAGAGAGAUCUGAAUUUAGGAAAGAUGAAGAAAAUACUGUAGUAGUUGAAGAGAAAGCUUUAAUAGACAGUGAUGUGAAGAAGGAUGAGGUAGUGGUAAGAGCUUAUCCUCGGAAUGGAAGAACACAUCAAAUCCGCUUGCAUUGCCAGUAUCUUGGAAUUCCUAUUAUAGGGGAUGUGAAAUAUGAGGGUGUCAAAGAUUGGAAAGGGAGAAGUUAUGAUGGGCAUGAACUUCAUGCAGAGAGCUUGUCUUUUGAGCACCCUGUUACUGGUCUUCCAGUAACAUUUUGUGCACCUCUGCCUUCAUGGGCCAGCCAGGCAUUGCAACAAUAAUAUCAAAAGGGCCUACUUUGCUUCCUGUUGGAUGUAUCGGGCUGAGGAAGAUUCUCUUGGCAUUAUUAGACUUUUCGCUUUUGUGAGGUGCAAACUGGAAUUUUGUGCGUGGACAUGAUGAUGCUAUAGAUUUCUGGUGGGCAUCAGUAUAGCCAAUUCAUAUUUCAUGGGGCUGGUAUCUCACCCUUUCAAUUGCCAGGUGCUCUAUACAAAGGUCUGUUGCUAAAAGCAAAACAUGAGGGUUCCAAGUAAAAGAACAGUUUUCCUUUAAAUUGGAUUGAAGAAAUGUCCUCCAACCAAUUACAUGGCAUUUAGAUGAUUAAACACAUGUACUUUAAUCACAUGACAUGUUAAGCCAUAUUUAAUCAAGUAACUUGACUAUUAAAUUGAUCACGUGUGGAUGAUCAGUUGAAUGCCAUAUAGUGAGUUGGAGGGAAAAUUCUGUUCCAAGAAAAAUCCCUUUUUGAUGGAAUCAUUGUGUUUUCCUCACCAUCACUAUGCCUUUCUCAGCUGUCACAAAAAAAAUGCUGAACAUCUUCAUCUAGGCAUCAAUUGUCCUAAAAUGGCUUUAUAGCGGUUGUGACAAGUGUUUUAGGACUCCAUAUGCAUGAAGAGUACAAGAUGAAGUUAUCAUCAUGCAAGAUGAAAUUAUCAACAUGACAAACUCACUAUUCUCACAUGAAAAUUAGUCUAUAGGAAACCAUUGGAUCAAUUUCCUGUAGAAAUGUUAUUUCUUUUUUCUGAUUUUUGGUGGCAUGAGCUCUCAGUUACCAAGUAGCUAGGAAAUGCUGAGUUUAAAUAUGUACUUUUCCCAGUUUUGUCACAUUAUUUAUUUAUGUAAUUGCUAACCUUAUUUCCUUGUUAAAUGACUGCCUAGUUGGACAAUUGUAUGAGGCAGCUUGAUGUCAUAUGAUUGCUUUAUUGGUCA